UCCUACAUUAUUUGUGAACCUUCUUUCCAUGUUUCUCUGUUACCAGUCUUUUCGUUCCCUUCUAAUAAGAACCUUCAGCUAAUUCCUUUUUGAAAUAAAUAAUAUAUACUCUAAAACCUAAAGGAAAAUAAUUUUCUUUUAAGUUUUCUUUAAUAUGACAAACGAAGCAGCUUUGAGAUCGUCAAUGGUAGGUCUUGCAGUGGUGAUGGUGUUGGUAUGGUUAUCGACACAGUCUUUAAACAAGACGGUUGUUACUUAUGCGAUCGGUGUUUCUCUGAUCGCUGGCAUAGUUUUACCGGAUUGGGACUUCUUUGAUCGGAGUUUCUCCCGGUGGACCUAUCCUGUUACAGCCGAGGAAAGAGCCGCCGCUCUCUCCCGCAAAUCCCAACCUUCAAGCAGGUUUAGAGUGUACCCUAUGCGGAUGGUUGUAUACGGAACGGUGUACGGAUAUGCAGUGUAUAGGUGGUGGAGGUUCGUGACGAAAUGAGCCAUUUUGUUCCAUCUUCCUUCUAUAUGUUCAGUGUUGAUUAACAUAUUAUGUUAGCAAUUUUCAUUUAAAUAAAAAUUAAUUUGAUUUUUGAAUGAUACAUAACCUACUGAAACCAAACGAGAAAAACAAAAUCCACUGUUGCAUAUUGGUGUCUGUAAAAGAUAGUACAAAAAUUGUAAAAUAUAAUGGUGAAGUUGUACUGAAAAAAUAUGAAGCAAAAUAAAUAAAC